UCGUGGCUCAUGGACUUACAUUGGACAUUCUCUUCGCCUCGUCCUUCCAUAAUGGGGGGUGUAAAAGAGGUUUCGUCCAUUUCAAUCAAUGGCAAAAACUAUCCAAUUGCUGACCAUCUGGAUGCUAACAUGAGUCUAAACGAGUUUUUGAGGAACCAUGCUCACCUGAAGGGGACCAAGUACAUGUGCCUAGAGGGGGGCUGUGGAGCCUGCAUAGUGACUGUCCAAUCAAAACAUCCUACCACUGGCAAAACAAUUACUUACGCCGUUAACUCUUGUCUAGUGCCUCUGUUCGCUUGUCAAGGAUGGAAGAUAACAACCAUAGAAGGAGUGGGCAACAAGAACGUCGGGUACCACGAUGUUCAAACCCGCUUGGCAAUGGGUAACGGAUCUCAGUGCGGAUACUGCAGUGUAGGAAUGGUCAUGAAUAUGUACAGCUUGCUGAAGGAAAAUCCAAAGCUUACUAUGGCAGAAAUAGAGAACUCGUUUGGUGGCAACCUGUGUCGUUGUACAGGCUACCGACCUAUCCUCGAUUCCUUCAAGUCCUUCGCUGAAGACGCUCCCACAGAACUUGUGAAAAAAUGUUCUGACAUUGAAGAUCUCCUAAGCAUUUGCCCUCUUAAGAAGAAGCCAUGCCGACAGAACGGGGCCUGCAAUGGAGGACCUUGCCAACAGGACACGGAGGUCGUGGAUUGGCAAGACUACUCUUCUGGGAGACUCGAGCUUCAAAACGGGUUCUGGUACUACGUCAAUGAUAAGAAGGAGAUAUUUGAGAUCUUGGAUAUGUGUGACGACUCCGACUAUAUGUUGGUGGGAGGAAAUACAGCUCAUGGUGUGUAUCGGAGAUCACCAGUGAAGCACUACAUCAGUACAAGUAAUGUAGCUCAACUCCACUCAAUCGUGGAGGCUGGUGGUACAAUAGUGUUAGGGGCCAACAACUCUCUAACUGCAACAAUGGAAUUCUUCUACAAGAAGAGUGUUCAGGAUCCAAAGAAUUUCGGCUACUUGAAGACUCUUGCUGAUCAUAUAGAUGUUGUAGCAAAUGUCCCAGUGAGAAAUACUGGAACAUUAGCUGGUAACCUUUCUAUCAAGAAUCAGCACAAGGAGUUCCCAUCAGAUAUAUUCUUGAUGCUUGAAACCGUUCGAGCUGUCAUUGUUUGUGAGGAUGCUAUGGAGCAGGAAACAACCAUGUCACCCUUGGAAUUUCGAGACUUUGAUAUGACAAAAAAAUUGAUGACUAAAAUCAUCAUGCCAUCAAUCAACAGUGAUCAAUAUAUCUGCAGAACGUUCAAGAUAACCCCAAGAGCCCAAAACGCUCAUGCUUAUGUAAACGCUGGGUUCCUUUUCAAAGUGGACAAGAAGAAUAAAUACAAGAUUCUUGAAAAGCCAAAUAUAGUGUUUGGUGGAAUCACUCCAGGUUUUGUACAUGCGACAGCAGCAGAGAAUGAAUCAGUAGGAAAAGAACUUUUGGACCCCAACACACUGAAAUCAGUUUUGCAAAAACUGUCAGCAGAAAUUAAACCUGACCAUGAAGAACCAGAUGCAAGUCCUGAAUUCCGUCGUGGACUUGCUUGUUCUCUGUUUUAUAAGUUUGUGCUAGGAGUGUCGCCGCAGUCCUUGGCCCCCCCUCUCCGCAGUGGAGGAGAGAUCCUGACUCGACCCGUCUCCUCGGGUCAUCAGGAGAUUUCCACUGACCCAUCCCUCUACCCGGUCAGCAAACCCAUCCCCAAGAUAGAGGCAUUGGCUCAAUGUUCAGGUGAGGCUGAAUACGCUAAUGAUAUUCCUAAUCAACCAAAUGAAGUUUACGGAGCUUUCGUGUUGUCAACCAAAGGACCUGCAGACUCCUUCACCCUUGAUGCAUCUGAGGCUUUGAAACUCCCAGGAGUUGUGGCUGUUCACACGGCAAAGGAUAUUCCUGGCAGAAACUCUGUUCUUUAUCCGGUAGCAUUUGGAGGAGUUGUUGAUGAACCUCUAUAUGCAGACAAGAAGAUACCAUGUGCAGGAUAUCCCCUGGCUACUGUGUUUGCAGAGUCUCAUACGCUUGCUAUGAAAGCUGCAAAUUUGGUCAAGGUUACUUACCAGGGUGUCCAAAAACCUGAGAUCGACGUCAAGAAAAUAGUUGAGGGCGGUGACAAGAACCGAAUCUGGGGACCAGCUGCACAAAAGAAAGCUGACUCUGUCAAAACCAAUGUUAAGCACAAGGUGAAAGGAUCAUUUUGGAUGCCGAGUCAAUAUCACUUUACCAUGGAGACCCAGACUUGUGUGACAUUGCCGUCGGAGGACGGACUAGAUGUGUAUCCUGCUACACAAUGUCCUACGCAAGUCCAGGAUGGUAUUGCAGAGGCUUGUGGCAUUCCUAGAAACAGUGUGAAUUUGUCUAUCCGUCGAUGUGGAGGAGGCUAUGGAAGCAAGUUGGGCAAAUCAGGAGUGGUAGCCGUUGCUUGUGCUUUGGGCGCAUACCAGCUACAGCGUCCUGUACGUAUGGUGAUGAGUAUCGAGAGCAACAUGGAUGCUAUAGGCAAACGGGCUGCAUGUCUCUUCAAAUACGAGACCGGUGUUGAUGAUGAUGGACUUAUCCAAUACCUAAACAUCAACUACUACCAAGACGAUGGAUGGAACAAGAAUGAUACUAUUGCUCCAUUCACAAUCCACCACAUGAAUAGUAUUUACGAUACCACCACCUGGACCAUCAACGGAUACGGAGUUACGACUGAUCUUCCUAGCCAAACAUGGUGCAGAGCCCCUGGUUUUGUUGCAAUAACGGUAGACUAUGAUAAUGUUUCCACGACUACGGGAAGUAUUCACGAUUUUGACGCGAUCAUGGAAGACGAUGAUAUUGCCUUGGUAGCCCAAGUGGUAGCCUAUACCCUGGGUGUCCCCGUAGAGAGCAUCAGUGUAAAACCAACCCUGUCUCUCACAGCCCCCAACGCAGCCCCUACAGGAGGCAGUGGGGGUAGUGAAUCUGCUUGUUAUGCUGCCAAAAAGGCUUGUGAAGAAUUACUCAGCAGGUUGGAGCCUAUAAAGAAAGAAAACCCUAAUGCCACAUGGAAGGAACUAGUGGCAAAGGCUAUGGGUCAACAGGUCAACCUCAAUGCAACUUAUAUGUUCACUCCAAAAGAUGACGUGAAAAGCUACUCCAUCUACGGUGUUGCUGUGCUAGAAGUAUUGCUUGACAUCUUGACCGGACAAUUCCUUAUAACCAGAGUAGAUAUUCUGGAGGAUUGUGGUACAAGUCUGAGUCCGGAGGUGGACAUUGGCCAGAUAGAGGGAGCAUAUGUCAUGGGUCUCGGUCUAUACACCAGUGAAGAUCUUAUUUACGAUCACAAAACAGGCAGAAAUCUGACUAACCGUACGUGGACCUACAAGGUUCCUGGUGCUAAGGACAUUCCCAUUGACUUCAGAGUCCAAAUGAGACAAAAUGCCCCUAACCCUGUUGGAGUUCUUAAGUCUAAAGCCACAGGGGAGCCUCCCCUCAACAUGUCUAUCGGGGUAGUGUUUGCUCUGCGCAGAUGUCUGGAGUCUGCAAGGGUGGACUCUGGUCUUCCAGACCAAUAUCUUCACAUUGAUCCACCGUUGACAACUGAGAGAAUAUGGCUGAAUUCAGGAAAUUCAAUUGAACAAUUCAAGCUCUAAGGAACAACUUUGUCUUCAAUUGCAGAAAUAAUUAUAGUUCUUCAAUUUUAAAUUGAAGUUUUAAUUUUAUGAAAAACUUACAUAAUGAAAUCAUGGACAGAAUGUAUACAUAUUUAUAAUACUUAGAAAGCAAUACUCAGAGUAUUUUUCACUCUAAUUAUAAUAAAAUCAGAUAGUGUAGCAAUUCACUGUAUACAAGUCUUAAGUACUCAAGCCUUUAAGACUAUGUGUGUUUGUAUAUUAGUACAGUACUACCGUUUAUCUGUAUUAUUGAAAAUACUCCUUUUAAGUAUUUUUUUUAAUGGUGCUUCAAUAUAUAAAGGGGUUCUCAAACUUCCCUGAAAAGGGCUGUAUUUCUUUAUACUAAGAUUAUUUUUUAUCUAAUCCAGACUUAAAUUAAUCUGGAUGACUUGGAAACCAUAAGUGAGGGUAACUGUGUUUACAAUUUAGGAUUACUUUAGAAUUUACUUAAUCAGCUGAUAAGAAAGUAUGGGCUUUUGAAGGCCAAAACAGGAAAGAUUAGGUCCAUACGUUGUAUAAAUUUAACCAAUACGUGAAAUAAGUCUGCUAUAAUGAUUUCUAACAGACUCAUUAAAAUCCUAGUAACAACAAAACAUGUCUCUAAUAAUAAAUGUCUCUAUAAUAAAAUAUUCUGAGAUUUUUUAUAUGAGAUUAAAAAUUAAUGUUUUAACUGCAUAUAAGUAUUAAAUAUAUUAAAUAUAUGUGACCGUCAAAAGAUUUCAUAAAAAGCAGGACACUCCAUGGAUUUUUUUUUAUCUCAGGCAAAUAUUGUGCUUUAAUUCAAGAUUAGGACAAUAACAAUAUGUGUGGUAAAUUGAGGAUAUUUUUGAGGGUAACAUCCACUAUUAUGUUAUAGAUUGCCAACAGAGUGUUUAUUCUUCAUAUAGUACAGCUAGCGUCAGCUAAGCUGGCGCGUGACCGAUAGAUAGAAAUUCUGUACUAGCCUAGGUUAAAAAUAUUGUCUGCCGUCAUGCGGGUUGCGUCUACUGCCCUCACUGCUCUCUUGAAGGCGCUUCAGUAGACGGCAUACAAAAUGCUAGAUGUGUUGUAUGGUUGUAUGCACUGCAUCCAUUAACAAUUAAUAAACUAAACUUUCUAAACACUUUUUAUGAACAGUUGUUAAUGUAACUAGGGAGCAUGGGUGCUUAGGUUGCGCUUUUAAAUCAUACAUUAAAAAACUAUUCAAAUAAAUGUUCUUACAAGAAAUAACUUAAUAGAACUAAACUGCCACAAACCCCAUGGGUCCAUCAGGAGUUGGUCCAUCAUAAUUCCUCAAUCCCAGACAUAUCGCUGAAUUCAUCGGAGUCGCUCGUUCCCUCGUCGUCGCUGGUGCUGUCGUCUACAUUAAUGAUAAAACUUUCCGUUAUUUCAUCGAUGGCUGGCUCUUUGGCGGCGUAUUCAUUUUCCACAUUUUUAACGUGCCUACACUUACAUUCCCAAUCCUGUUGCGAUAUCGAAGAAAACUUUUCUUCACAAAGCUUUUUCACAUCGCACAAUUUGAAGGUCGUGUUGUGUGAUGCAACAUAGUUUUUUACAUCUGCCCAUAUCAUCUCGAUUGGGUUCAAAUCAGGAUGAUACGGGGGCAGACGCAGUACACUGUGGCCUUCCCUUUCCAAGAUGUCAUCCAGGACAUAUUUGACAUAUCGAUGUUUGUGUUGAAGAAUGAGUUUGUAAAGUUGAGGUUUUAGCAUUGUUGGAUCGUAGGAAAUGUUGUGCUCGGAAAGCCACUUUGUCAUUUCUUCUUUUUUACUAUUGGAAGUCGGGGCCUUAUCAAUUUGCUUGUUGUGGUACUUCGCAUUGUCAAUAACCAAUACAGAGUUAGGAUUUAAGUUUGGUAUCAGUUGAUUUAUGACCCAUUGCAUGUAAUUUUUGUUGUUCAUGUUGUCGUGGUAGUCGCCGGAUUUUUGGCCUGCCUUCCACAUGGCCAAAGCGUUUGGGACGAACCCCUGUUCCCCUCCAGCGUGAACUAUUAUCAGUCUUUCUCCUUUGGACACGGGCGUAUGCAAAACAUUAUUUGAUCCAUCCGACCACAUUUUCCCAGAUACGUGAUCUGAACAUACGUAACUUUCAUCCAUGUACACGAUGGGUCUCCCUUCCGACCUGAAUCGCUUGAGUGACUGGAGAUAAGUUAUUCUCUUUUCCCUAAUCUCAGAUUUUUCAAUUAGAAUCCUCCGAUUAUUCUGUGUCCUUUUCCAGGAAAAUCCUAAUUUUUUCAAAAUCCUCCGAACACUUGAUUGACUUCCCUGAAAGUUCAACUUUUCUUUAAGAGAAUUCUGCAACAGUUUUGACGUCGGCAGUCUUUUUUCUGUUAUGUAAAAUUCAUAGACAGUCCUACGAACCACACAUUCAUCGAAAUGGUCUAGGCCAGUAAUCGGCUUUUUCUUCCUUUUUGUUUUGUGAGGUGUUAAAAAAGAUUUAUUAUCAUCCUCACUCACCUUUAAAGCAUUUAGUUCGCUGUUUAUCCGGGUAACAGAGCGUUGAGAUACACCGGUUGCUGCUGCGGUCCGCUCCCUCGCCUUCUGUAGUGGUAUUGUAAUGCCGCUCUUGCACUCCUCUUUCAUAAAUGUAUAAACAUUUGCCACGAUUUCCCUACUCUGACUAUUUAAAACCUUACCACCAAUCCCUACUUUCGAUUUAAAUUCUGCCAUGACAAAAAAACUCACACACGUUUCGUUAUGAAAACAGUCCACUUCACGAUCCACUGUGACACUGCACAAGCAAAACUCACUACUGAGUAGACACAGUGCUUAGGAACGUGCAAGAUUUGUCAUAACAGCGCCCUCUCUAUUAGUCAUAGUUUGUUUAGGACGUCAACCCCGUGAGUCAGCCGAGAUGUUCGCAGAGUUGCCCGGUCGGAACGCGGGACCUCACGUCUGACAGUCCGAUGUUCUCAGAACGGUCUUAAGCUAGUUUCCACCCUCCCCCCGCCUAUGGUGCCGCGCCAGGCCCACAGGCCACCAUGAGCCAGCUUAGCUGACGCUAGCUGUACAUCCCUAAACUAGAGCAGAAUUAGCACCAUUCAAGACAAUUUAUGUUUUAAUGUUAUGUUAAGUUUUCUAUGAGAAUUCAGCCAGUUCCAUUACACCUACUUAAAUCUUGAGUGAAAAGGCAUUUUAUAAAAUGUUGAAAAAAUCUGCUUCAUGGCAAAUAGAGGAAAUUGUUAUGUUUGCAAUUUAACAGCUGAUAUCUAGGAUACCUUUUACCGGUAUUUAUAGUAUUCUUCUGGUGAUAUUUUGGUGCUUUUUAUAUUAAAGUAAGUAUUAAUAUAUAAAUAUAUAUUGUGUUCUUAAAACAAAAUAAAACAUAUUUUAACACAA